UUUUUUCCAGGUAGAAUGAAGAUGGAACCUAAGAAUUCUAGCAUCAAGGUGCAACAGAAAAACAGAACAAAACACACACACACACACACACACACACACACACAAAGCAUAGUUUUGGAGUGGCAUGUGCUUGGGUUCAAAUCCUGGCUCUGCCACUUCCUGGUGAUCUGUCACUGGCAAGUUACGCACCCCUGAGCCUAGUCUCCUCCUCUGUAAAACGGGCAAUCCAGAAACCCCAACGGCACAGGCUUGUGCGAAAAGACAAAUUUUAGGUGAUACAUGUGGUAGUUACUUCCCAAUGAUAGCUACAUACAUUUUUAACACUUCAACUAAAAAGUUUAAAGGUCUUUUGAAAUUAGGAACAGUGAUUUUGUCCCCUGUGUUAGCAGAUAUAUCAUUUUUGAAAAGACAGAGAGAAACAAGCUUUGCUUGGGCAGACUCAGGAGAGCCACUGCCACAUCCAAGCACCUCCAGCCUCGAGCCACCCCCAGGAGGAGUCUGGGCGAGUGGGCAGCAGUGGCCCUCAUCACAGCCUCCUGUCCAGAGGAGGAGCCCGCACAGGUGAGGGCCGGGCCUCGAGGGCUGAGCUGUGUCCCCACAGGCUCACACAGGGCCCCAUUAUGAGGUGGCCUGCAGCUGUGCCUCGCUCGAGAUAAAGGCCAUGAUUUAUUCCGCACGCCCAAACGGAGCCUCAUUAUAUGGGGCAGGACACAAGGACCCUACAGCAAGUGUUCUGAAAGAGUCCCCUCUCAUUCGACCAGACAACACUCCUCAGCCUCCCACCCUCCCAUUCACAAGACCCCCUGCACUGGGGGCCAAGCAGGCUUGGGAGCCCGGGCCCAUUGCCAUGGCAGCCAGCCCCUCCCUGCCCCACCACUAGUAGGAAAUUAUCCCGUUCUGAAGCGUCCUGUUGUGUUUGUCGGUCCCAGCCCGUCCCCCCACCCAGCCCACGCCCACUCCAUGGCUUUGAGACAGUCACACACUCAGCCUCUGUGACGCUCGGUGGCCGAGCUGGAGUGGGGGGGCGCAUGGGCUGGGACACACUGGAAUAUUCACAGCCCUGUGGCAGCAGAGGCAGCUGGGGAGUGGCCCACCACACAAGGGACCCUCGGGAAUGAAGCGGCCUUUCAGGCCAGAGGGGCUGCAGCCUCCCCUCCUCUCCUUAAAUAGCAGCCCUCCACCACAGCUGCACAGAGCCCACCCCAGCGCCACCACCCACUGGUCACGGCCCACCUGCUGCCCCCCAGCCCUCUUGCCCCUUCUGCCUGGACCUGCUGUGAGAGGCUCUCUGGGACCUGUCUGCUUGUUCCCUCCAGGCUCGUGCCCCAGCUCUGCCUCCAGCCAAAGCAUGAAUGGCCUUGAGCUGGCCUCCUCAGGUCUGAUCACCAACUCCUCGCUGGCCACCGCAGAGCAAUGCGGCCAGGAGACGCCGCUGGAGAACGUCCUCUUCGCCUCCUUCUACCUCCUGGAUUUCAUCCUGGCUUUUGUGGGCAAUGCCUUGGCCCUGUGGCUUUUCAUGCGGGACCACAAGUCGGGCACCCCUGCCAACGUGUUCCUGAUGCACCUGGCCGUGGCCGACCUGUCCUGUGUGCUGGUCCUGCCCACCCGCCUGGUCUACCACUUCUCCGGGAACCACUGGCCAUUCGGGGAAAUCCCGUGCCGACUCACCGGCUUCUUCUUCUACCUCAACAUGUACGCCAGCAUCUACUUCCUCACCUGCAUCAGCGCUGACCGCUUCCUGGCCAUCGUGCACCCCGUCAAGUCCCUCAAGCUCCGCAGACCCCUCUAUGCCCACCUGGCCUGCGCCUUCCUCUGGGUGGUGGUGGCCGUGGCCAUGGCCCCGCUGCUGGUGAGCCCGCAGACCGUGCAGACCAACCACACGGUCGUCUGCCUGCAGCUGUACCGGGAGAAGGCCUCCCACCACGCCCUCGCGUCCCUGGCCGUGGCCUUCACCUUCCCGUUCGUCACCACGGUCACCUGCUACCUGCUGAUCAUCCGCAGCCUGCGGCAGGGCCCGCGCGUGGAGAAGCGCCUCAAGAGCAAGGCGGUGCGCAUGAUCGCCAUGGUGCUGGCCAUCUUCCUGGUGUGCUUCGUGCCCUACCACGUGCACCGCUCCCUCUACCUGCUGCUCUACCGCGGGAGCACCUCCUGUGCCGCCCAGCGCGCGCUGGCCCUGGGCAACCGCGUCACCUCCUGCCUCACCAGCCUCAACGGGGCGCUCGACCCCGUCAUGUACUUCUUUGUGGCCGAGAAGUUCCGCGACGCCCUCUGUAACCUGCUCUGCGGCCGGCGGCUCUCGGGCCCGCCCCCCAGCCUGGACGGCAAGACCAACGAGAGCUCCCUGAGCGCCAGGUCCGAGCUCUGAGACCCAACCCGCCCGGCCAGCCGCAGACUGUCGCAGAAGGGCAGCUCCCCGGGGGGCUCCAGCUUCUCCCAAACGCACAGGAGAAGCUCCCCUCUCCCCAGCUGCCCCGAGAUGGGAAACAGAAACCUCAGCAGGUCACGACCCUUCCUCCAAGGUCCAAACUAAUCAUCCAGCGCUGAGUUCUGGCUUAUACCUAAUACGAAACUCCCUAAAAAGGGAGAACUGACUACAGGGACCACUGGCCACCCCUCUGUAGACUGUGGCGGCCCUGUACCCUUACGGCUCUAGAUCCUGGGGGCUUCACCCUGCGGUGAGGAGGAACGUUCAGGCCCCCGCCUCCUCCCCGCUACAGAAAGGCACUGUGGCCCGGCCUCUGCAGAAAGGAGCCCCGAGGGCAAACGGCCCAGAAGAGGGGACGUGGGAAUCUUGGUGGGUGGAGCAUCUAAAUAUUUCCUUUGAAGUGCAAGGUGUUCUGAGUUCCCAUGUGGCACCUUUGCCGGAUAGCCCCUGAGUUCAGGGGACAUGAACUAUAAAUUACAGCUGAACACGGUAAGUCAUUUCAGGCUGGCCACCAGCUGACACCCAGCACACAUGGCCUGUGGGGACAUCAGUUCUUGACCCUCCGGUUAUAACCCACACACAGACCCACAUGUGGGCUGACAAGCCCCAGAGCUUCUGGGUAGCUGCACAGCCCCUCCCGAGCCCUGGUCGAGGACAAAGCAAGGGCAGACAGUCUCAGGGAGCCGAGCUUUGUCACUGCCUGAGGUCGCCGUGGUCGCCGGGGUCUGCCACGUGAACGUGUCUUCCGCUAACUCAGCCCCAGCAGGGGCAUCCUUAGCCCCGCUCCCUCCCAAGAGGCCUCUACCACCUUGGCCACCAAGCUCCCAGCUGCUUCACUUCAUAGCCCUAACAGGUCCUUUUCUGUACUUGAUUAUACUGAUCAUAAAUAUAAUGGACAUUAAGACUCUGAA